UUAUUCUGUGUCCUUGUCUGCAUUAGUGGAAGUACCAGACUCCUGUCAGGAAGGAGUAGCGGAGAAGUUGUGCAGAUGUUUUCCCAGUUGCAAACCAGGAUAUGGAAUGAGAGAAGAAUUGAGCUCAGAGCAGCCAUGCUGAGAUUUGCUGGUCGGUUGGUUCCUCUGGUAUACAGCAGCAUGGGCUUGUCUGCUCUCAGAUGCUGGAUACAGUUGGUGAAGUCCAGCAGCAACACCGAUGAGAAUCCAGAACUUCAGAUCAGUUGCUGUCAGAUGUUGCAGGAGAAUGCCAGGAUCCUCUUCUGUGAUCCUGAUCACAAGCUAGGAAGUGCUGUCUUUUUAAGCUGGGACAGUUUGGCUAUCUUGCUACAGGAGGAUGAUCUGGAGGUCAAGGACAUUGCAGCGUCUGUCUCGUGCCUCAUCCGUGGACUUCGACCAGGAUGUUACCACCCGAGCUAUGCCCUGCACUGUCUGCCAGCUGUUCUGGUUUCCCUGCAUGCAGACAGAGACCUGCCCGGAGUUGUGUCUUGUCUGCUUCAAUGGAUCUUGUCUGAUGAUAGUUUUGAUGUUAAG